CCCACUGUGUCCAACGCUAUCCGAUUCGGCCAAUCCACCGCUUCGCCGGAGCUCGGCCGAGAGGGAAGGGCUGGGCCAUGGCGGGAGGCUUCGCUCUCCGCCUCGUGCCGCGCCUCGCCGCGGCGCCGCCGGGGAGAGGGAAGGGCGGUGGAGGAGGAGCCGGCCGCGGUGCAGGCAGCAGAGCGCUGGUGACAAAGAAACCAAACAAGGAGCACCAUUUGUGGAUCAGGAAGGAGACAGCUGGGUCAGGGAAGAAGGCUCUUCGUCUUAUUGAUACUGUUUCCAAGUUACCAAAUGAAAAGGAAGCUAUUUAUGGCGCAUUAGACAAAUGGAGUGCUUUUGAGCCUGAAUUCCCUAAUAUAGCAGCAGCAAAAGCUCUAGGGAUGUUGAAAAGGCGAAGAAAAUGGCUAAGAAUCAUUCAGGUAACCAAGUGGUUGAUGAGCAAAGGCCAGGUGCUGACAUGGACAACAUAUGAUACACUUCUGCUGGCACUUUUUAUGGAUGGAAGGGUAGAUGAGGCUGAAUCUAUUUGGAAUACUAUUAUACAGACUCAUACGCGCUCAGUGCCCAAGAGGUUGUUCUCUCGGAUGAUCUUGAUGUAUGACAUUCGCCAUCAUCCAGAUAAAGUUUUGGAGGUAUAUGCUGACAUGGAGGAAUUAGGGGUGCGUCCAGAUGAGGAUACAUCUAGGCGGAUUGGAAGAGCAUUUGUGGCUUUUGGCCAAGAAGAAAAAGAAAAAUAUGUCCUUGAUAAAUACUUGAAAAGGUGGAAGUACAUCCAUUUCAAUGGUGAGCGUGUUAGGGUGCGGAGGGAUGGGCCACUGGCGUAGCAACCGUUAUCUGAAAUGCUUGAAGCCAUCUAUAUCACCUCGGUUGGGAAGGUGUCACUAUUGUCGCUUUGACGGCCACACAGAGAUAUGGGCAUUCCUCCUAUAUGAGAUGGAACAGCGCCGAGAGGUUGAUCCGUAUUUCUCUAGUCUGUGGGAAAAGAUGAAGAGCGGCUGGGUGGAAACUACUAACAUGAUACUGAUUUGUUAGGUAUUUGUAUAUGCAUCCACUAGUUGUGAUGGCUUUAACUUGUAUGUGUAGUUGGGGAGUUCAUUGGGAUAAUUUGUCUUUGUAUGAACCAAGUCUCCACGAACUGGAAGUCAAGGGGGUCCUUACCGUGCUACCUUGUGAAGAAGAAUAUCUGAUGAAAGGCCUCAUAUACUUCA